CGGCAACUCACUCCGGUGUCGGGUGACGCCGGGGGCGGAUGGCUCAUCACGUGACACGGAAGUGACUCCGAACAGGAAGAGGACGAAAAAAAUAACCGUCCGCGACGCCGAGUCUAACCGGACCCGCAGCCACCAUGAACAGCAAAGGUCAGUAUCCAACACAGCCAACCUACCCUGUGCAGCCUCCUGGGAAUCCAGUAUACCCUCAGACCUUGCAUCUUCCUCAGGCUCCACCAUAUACUGACGCUCCACCUGCCUACUCAGAGCUGUUUCGUCCAAACUUUGUGCACCCAGGGGCUGCCACAGUCCCCACCAUGUCAGCUGCAUUUCCUGGCGCCUCUCUGUAUGUUCCUAUGGCCCAGUCUGUAGCUGUUGGGCCUUUAGGUUCCACAAUCCCCAUGGCUUAUUAUCCAGUUGGUCCCAUCUAUCCUCCUGGUUCAACAGUGCUGGUGGAAGGAGGGUAUGAUGCAGGAGCCAGAUUUGGAGCUGGGGCAACUGCUGGCAACAUUCCUCCUCCACCUCCUGGAUGCCCUCCCAAUGCUGCUCAGCUUGCAGUCAUGCAGGGAGCCAACGUCCUUGUAACUCAGCGGAAGGGAAACUUCUUCAUGGGUGGCUCCGAUGGUGGCUACACCAUCUGGUGAGGAAGCAAGGCCGCCUCUGUGCCGGGAAAGACAUCACAUACCUUCAGCACUUCUCACAAUGUAACUGCUUUAGUCAUAUUAACCUGAACUUGCAGUUUAGACACAUGUUGUUGGGGUGUCUUUCUGGUGCCCAAAACUUUCAGGCACUUUUCAAAUUUAAUAAGGAACCAUGUAAUGGUAGCAGUACCUCCCUAAAGCAUUUUGAGGUAGGGGAGGUAUCCAUUCAUAAAAUGAAUGUGGGUGAAGCAGCCCCAAGGAUCUUCCUUUAAUUCCUCUGGAGUAAUACUGUACCAUACUGGUCUUUGCUUUUAGUAAUAAAAUAUCAAAUUAGGUUUGAAGGGAACUUUGAUCUUCCUAAGAAUUGAAGUUGCCAAAUUAUUCUGAUUGGUCUUUAAUCUCCUUUAAGUCUUUUUUGAUUUAUAGUUCCUAGUAAAUGAAACGCAUUAGCUGUCUGCCUUUUCCUUUCCAUUCUCCAUCCCAUGUGGCAUCUCCAUUCUGUCUUCCAUCCCCCUCCAACCAAUCUCCAUUAACUCAGUGGUGCAGGAUAGAAAGGCCAUCAGAUGAGUUUCCUUCUCUCCUUGCACUUCUCCCACUUGCCAUCUUCCAGCUUGUCUUUCACAAGGAUCCUCUGAAGCCCCCAUUUUCUUGUUUUUGUAUCUCAGGCAAAAAUGGAGGGUGCCUUUUGGACCUUCUCACAGGUUGUCUCUGCAUACACGAACCCAACUCAAAUUUGCUUUGGUGCCAGAAAAACUGAGCUUUGUGUGAACUAAGGAUAUCAGUGUAAACUAUCCCAUUAAAAAAACGUGUUUAAAAUGUGACAGGCAAGGAAAAGCAUGCAUUUCAAAAGCUUGACUUUGGCGCCAAAUUAAGAGGUGUUUCAGAUCAGUGAUUGGUUACCAUUUUUGGUCAGUGACCAUUCUCAUGGCUCUCAAGAGUUCCUAAGCCGAGUGAAUAGGAUCAGAUGGUGAAUGUCUCACUGUAAAGUGACUUGAGUCCAGUGGAAUCUCAUUAGGGUUAAGAACAUUUCAGGGAUCCUUAGUAUUUGAUUUUUGUUUUCUGAAAUUGGAUUUUAUUUUAUCUUAUAAUUUCAGUUCAUCUAAAUUUUGUGUUCUGUACAUGUGAUGUUUGACUGUACCAUUGACUGUUAUGGAAGUUCAGCGUUGUAUGUCUCUCUCUACACUGUGGUGCACUUAACUUGUGGAUUUUUUAUACUAAAAAUGUAGAAUAAAGACUAUUUUGAAGAUUUGAAUAAAGUGAUGAAGUUGCAUUACACCUCA